CCUCAGUUUGCCUUUUGCGUGAUAUCCCGACACGAGUACGAGUAUGGCUCUUCGCUUCACCUUGGCCACGGCGGUCGUCGCUGCCACCUCUGCUGCCCGCGUCGACGUCGGUGAGCGUCCGUACUUUCUCGUCAACGAGAUGCGCCCGAGCCCGCUCAAGACGCAGCUCGAGUCGUGCGCUGACAACAAGUGGGAACGCACCGAGUACUCGAUCGGCCACCGCGGCGCGUGCCUCAUGUUCCCCGAGCACUCGAAGGAGUCGUACCUCGCGGCGGCGCGCAUGGGCGCCGGCAUCAUCGAGAUUAUCCAGUUUACAUAA